AUGGCCCCAAAACAAAAAGGAGGAAGUAGCGGUGGCGGAGGCAAGCAAAAGGGAAACACGGCCGACGAGGUUGAGGAGACGCUGCAAGCUGUGGUCCUUGCCGAUACCUUCGAAACACGCUUUGAGCCGUUUACUCUUGAGCAGCCAAGGUGUUUGCUGCCGCUUGCCAAUACACCCCUGAUCGAAUACACCCUCGAGUUUCUGGCUAAUGCAGGCGUUCAAGAGGUGUUCCUCUACGGCGGAGCGCAUUCGAGUAUACUGGAAAAAUACAUCAAUGCCUCGAGAUGGAAAGCGCCGUCGUCCCCUUUCAAAAAAUUUACCUUUUUAAAAUCCACUUCGACUUCAGUCGGCGAUGUCAUGCGUGACCUGGACGGCAAACAUCUAAUCACGGGCGACUUUAUCGCUGUGAGCGGCGACGUGAUCAGCAACCUCCCCAUCGAAGAAGUGCUUGCGAAGCACCGUGCCCGUCGUCAAACAGACAAGAACGCCAUCAUGACCAUGGUUCUCCGGGAAGCAGGCACUCAGCACCGCACAAAGGCGUCGUCGAUCUCCCCCGUCUUUGUGAUUGAUCCGACCAAGGAUCGUUGCUUGCAUUACGAGGAGAUUGAUCGCCACGACUCGUCGGCGGGUGCUCGGUUAAAUAUCGAUGUAGAGUUGGUCACGUCGCAUGCUGAGCUUGACAUUAGGCAGGACUUGAUAGACUGCAAUAUCGACAUUUGUACACCAGACGUCCUCGGUCUGUGGUCCGACAGCUUCGACUACCAGGAUCCCCGGAAACACUACCUGUUUGGUGUGCUGAAGGACUACGAGUUGAACGGAAAAACGAUUCAUACGCAUAUUCUCAAAGACCAUUAUGCCGCCAGGGUUAGGAAUCUAAAGGCCUACGACGCAAUUUCCAAGGAUAUCAUUUCUCGCUGGACCUACCCGCUAUGCCCCGAUACCAACCUACUUCCCAGCCACACGUACGAGCUAAGGAGAGGGAACCUGUAUCAAGAGCGCGGGGUCAUUCUGGCUCGGUCUUGUGUUGUUGGACGUCGGACUGUCAUCGGCCAGGGGACUAGCAUCGGCGACAAGACCACAGUAGCGAACUCGGUGCUGGGAAGGAAUUGUAAAAUCGGUAAGAAUGUCGUCCUUGACGGAGCGUAUAUCUGGGACGGAGCUGUUAUUGGAGACAAUACAGAGGUUCGCCGCGCAAUUGUAGGCGAGCAAGUCACCGUGGGCGCCAACUGUAAAAUCGAGCCGGACGUUCUUCUCUCGUCGGGCGUCAAGAUCUCAAACGGUGUGACCGUGCGUCGUGGUCUGCGCAUCACGACUGCUCCCCGCGAGGACGGCAGUCCUGCCAACGACGCAAACGUUGUUGGAGAGAACGGUCAAGGGUAUGAAUACGUUCCGGAAGAAGACGAGGACGACGACGACGACCGCAGCGACUCGUCUGGCCUGGUCUACAACAUGCCCGAUUUGGCGCUGUCGACCGCAUCCAUUUCAACCCUGUCCAGCGAGAUCUCUGCCGAUGAUGACUACUUCCGAGGACAGAGAUCCGAUAGCUUCGGAACAUCAGCGUCUGAAGACGAGGGGCACGAAUCCUUCCAGCACGACGCAACACUCGGCUUAUACGAGGGCCUGCGCGAUGGCACCGCGGCAGACAUGGUGCAGCUGGAACUGGUCAGUCUCCGAAUGAGCCAGAACGCGUCGGACCAACAGGUACGGCGGGCGCUGGCCUCGUCGUUUAUGAAGGUCAUCUCGCAGAUGACGGAGUCUGGCAAGAGCGCAGGCGAUGCCGUCAAGGAGAUGUUUACGCGCUACAAGGAGGUUUUUGACCGCAGUCUGUUUGACAAGGAUACGGAGGCCAAACCGGACCAGGUCGAUCUGCUGCUGCAGAUCCAGCAGGAUCUGGCGCACCGCAACAAGGGCGACACCAUUUUGCUGUUUGCCGCCAAGGAGCUGUACGAUCUAGAUAUCAUCGAGGAAGAGGCGUACGAGGCAUGGUGGGCGGAUGAACGGUCGAGCAGUACAGAAGAGAUGCGCAAGGUGCGCAGCCAGGCACAGCAAUUUGUCGACUGGCUUGCUAAUGCAUCAGAGGAGGAGGAUGAUGACGACGAAGACGACGAAGAUGAGGAGAGUGACGACGAGGAAGAAGACAGUGACGAGUAA